AUGCAUACGGGCAGAGCCAAAGGAGGCUCUGCAGGGAACAUCACUCUGAGCUUAGCCCCCGUCAUCAAACUGGAAGUGGGAGGGCAGCGAGAAGGAGGCAGGAGCGGAGCGCAAGGAGGGCCGGCUGGCGCGAGAGGAGCGCCAACCGGGCCCGGGCCGGGGCCCGGGGAAGAAGCACCUGCAGGAUCCGCGGAGGAGAAGGCCCCGGGGGCGGGCGUGGGAGGAGCAAGGGGGGCACAGCGCAGCGGUGAGAGCGACGGUGGGAAGAAGAGGGUUGCUGCCGCCGCUGCGCCCACGUGGGCCCGCACGCUGCACGCUGCACGCUAG